AAUAAUGCUCGUCAAACAGCCUCGUGGAUGUGGAAUAUUUUGCUCGCCUGUAAUUGCUUUUAGAUAUAACAAGCGAUCCCGGAGCGAGCAGUUCCAUCGCGCAUAUCAACCGGGCAACACAUCGCACAGAGCACCUUCUCCUUGACAGUUUAGUUCGGUGUUUGGAGCGUGUUGCGGAGCGUUUUUGCUGCGUUCAUUGAACCGCUGCCGUCAAGGCUCUCUGCCUUGGAACAAAAGUGAAUCGCAACUCGUUCAGCAUUCUGUUUGUUUUGAUACCCACACAAGCGAACCAACAUAUAUUUUUGGCAAUAAAACGGCGACGUUUUGCCGAAAGUCAAGUGCUGAAACACAAAGAAAGCUUCGUUACCUCCCUUCGCACUCUUGGCCGUUUGGCUGUCUGGCAUUCAAUUUGCUCAAGUUCAGGCAACCACCAUAACAAAAACAGAGCAGGAACCACCCCGCACCACCCAGUGUUUCUUGACUCUUGCACUUCAUUUGCGUAGUUUUUUCGCCUUCUUAUUGCGCGACAUUUAAUUAAAUUAUUUCGCCUUCUUCAAGCGGAAUGAAAACAAACAAACAAGCAGCUCUUUUUCGCAGUGCAUUGUUAUUAGAGCGUCGUCUGUGGAUCGGUCAAUGAAUUUCACUCCCCGGAUACGGGAAUUCCCCCCCAUUAUCACUUGGUUUCUCGCAUAGCUCGAAUACUUGCGAAACGGGUUUAUCUCUUGCUUUGGAGCACUUAAACAGCAAUAAACAUAAACCAAAACGAAAAAAAACCUAAAGAGCAAAAGAAUCUAUAGCUUUUCAGGCAAAAGUCCAAAGUUUCUGUAUAGAAAAUAAAAAGCAAAGUCAAACGCAAAAACAAACGAAAAUGAGAAAGCAAAAGGACGAUAUGCAGGUCAAUGUCGCUGGUCUGCGCAGAAACAUCAAGAACCUUGCGCACAACUACUCCGAUGCCCAGGUCAAAGUGCGGGAGGCUACCUCAAAUGACCCGUGGGGUCCUUCGGCCGCCAUCAUGGGCGAGAUAGCCGAUCUCACCUACAAUGUGGUGGCCUUCUCGGAGAUUAUGCAGAUGAUCUGGAAGCGCCUCAACGACCACGGAAAGAACUGGCGCCACGUCUACAAGGCACUCAUCCUGCUGGAGUACCUGAUCAAGACCGGCUCGGAAAAGGUGGCCCAGCAGUGCAAGGAGAACAUCUUCGCCAUCCAGACGCUGCGUGAGUUCGUCUACUUCGAGGAGGGCAAAGAUCAGGGCACCCACGUGCGCGAGAAGGCCAAGCAGUUGGUGACUCUGCUGAAAGACGAUGAGCGGCUGAAGAACGAGCGCGUGAAGGCGCUAAAGGCCAAGGAACGGUUUGCCCAGCAUCCAAGUGGAUUCGGCAGCGAUGGCUACAUAGAUGGACCCUCGCAGCGGGAUCUGCCGCCGGGCUGGCAGGAGGAGCCGCCCAAAUCGGUGUCCGAGCUGGAAAUGGUUCGCCCGCAGACGGCCGGCGAGGAGGAGCUGCAGCUCCAGCUGGCCAUGGCCAUGUCCCGCGAGGAAGCGGAGCAGGAGGAGGCCAAGAGGCGAAGCGAUGAUGUGCGUCUGCAACUGGCCCUUAGCCAGAGUGAGCAGGAUUUCAAGGAUCCCAACGGACGACCCAUUCCUGCGCCCAAGAAGGAGGAGCCACAGAGUCAUUUGCUGGAUCUGCUUGACAUUUCACUGGGCGCCACGAGCAUCUCCAGUCCGCCGUUGGGCGCUGCGGGCGGCGCCCCUGCGCCCGUUGUCGAUCCCUGGGCCACGCCGGCUCCCCGUGCGCCCAGCCAGCUGUCAGAUCCCUGGUCGGGCACUUCUUCGCCACCGGUGGAUCCCUGGCAUCCCUCCGCCACGCCGCGUACCAUCAUGGGUGCGGCGCCCAUGGGCGGAGCACCUGGAAACGAUGCCUGGGGAGGCCGGACUCAGUCACCUUCGGUGGCAUCGGGCUCCUCCAACGAAGGCUGGCUGCAGACCAACGGCAACGCCAAUCAGAACGGUCGUGGCGCCACUCCGGCCGGACCCCCAGCCGAAGGCUGGUUAAUAAAAUCCACUGCAGCCGGGCCAUUGGGAGUUGCGCCUGUCAACCAUGCGACAAACAAUGGUAGCUCAUCUGCGGAUCCUUGGCUGGCAGAGCCAGCAGCCUCGGCGGCAGGAGGAGCGGCAGCCGCUGGCUUAGCGGAUCCCUGGGCGGCAGGAGCAGCACCUCAGACGGCGGCGCUGGACGAUCCCUGGAAAGCCCUGGGAACAGGCGCCAUCAAGAAACAAUCCCCCGAGUUUGAUGAGUUCGACCUUAUUACCAACAGGAACAAGAGUGAGUUAAGCAAUUCCCACGCCUCCAACAACAACAAUGCUUCUCUGCUUGAUGAUAUGGAUCCGCUUUCGGCGAACUACGGAAAUGGAGCUAUAAACAGCAGUAUGGGUUCUGUGCAUCCGUCGACGGGCGCCACGGCAAAGAAACCGCUGAAGGAUGCUCACUCGUUCCUUGGCGAGAACUCCGCACUGGUCAACCUGGACAAUCUAAUCAAGCCCACUGCGCCACAGACGCAAACGGGAAAUGCUCCUGCUUACAAUCCCUUCAGCGACAACGUGAUGCCACCCAAGACGAAUCUAUUCCAGCAACAGCAGCCAGCCGUGCCGUCCAUCAAUCAGCUGAAACAGCAGGCUCCCUUCUCAGUCAGCAUGAACCAGGAUCCCUGGGCACCCGUAAUGGGUGGCGUUAGUGCGACCUCACAGCCAAAACUUCCGCCCCCAGUGCGUCCCACUAGCCUCAAUUUGGGGCCCCCGUCAGUGGGGGAAUUUCAGCUGUUGAGUGCGUUUAGUAAUCCCGUCAUUCCCCCCGCCAACAUCCCAUCCCAGCCACAGCAGAAUUCACAGGUCUACAACUAUGCGUACCAAAGCAGCAGCAGCAGCACCAGCAACACCAAUAUUCGUGGCAACAGCAACAUGAACAGUUCCACUAGCAACAGCACCUUGUAUAGCACCUAUGUGAGUCCGAGUCCGGGCAUCGAUGGCAUCCGCAACAUGGACAUAUUCAGCGAGCGCCCCUGUUACAACAAUCCAACAGCACCGGCCGACGAUAGCUUUAUGUACAACAGAAACGAUAACAACAAUAUCAGAAGCAACUAUGGCACCCCGAGACUAUAUUCAAGCUAUGCCGCCAGCUACAGCAGCGCCCUAUCCGACUCGCUGGCCGAAACCCCUGGCGUUAGUGUGUCUCCCAUGGGUUUUGUGGCCGAUCCUGUCAUGAGCUAUGGCCCCCCGUCGUCCUCGGCCAACCACUGCAAGCUGGAACCCACAAUGGAGGCUUGGACGCUUAAAUAAAACACAUACAAUAUGCAAUAAAUGCAAAUGGCAAAACAACAACAUGCCGUGGAUCAAACCGGAAGCAGCAACAAAUCCUUUUUUGUCAUAAACUGGAGCGGAUCAAUCAACAGCAAUGUGAGCUGGAGCAGCAGCGGGAUCAUCAACUAAGCGAACGUCAACUAAAUAAGACAUAAGACCUGGCUGGUGUACGGAGCUGUCCAAUAGCGUUAGCAACAAUAGCAGCAGAAGCAACCAAUUUUAGCCCUACAUAACUGCAAAGAGAGAAAUAUGAAUUAAUUAAUAAAUUAUGUGUAAGGAAGUAUUAUUAAACUGUAAAAUAUGUGAUGUACGUGAGAGAGAAAGCCAAGAUCCAGCGACAGGAAGCGAGGAGAAGUAGCAACGGCAACAGCAACGACACCCAGCCUAGAUGAGUAGAGAAAUCUGCCUAAAGUUCGCGCAGGAAGCUUACAUUCAAAUAGAACUUGAGUCUAAACACAUUUGCAAUAACUAAACCUGUAAACCAGCCCAUAGAAUAGCGUAUGGCAUCUCCAACGCCACUCAACUGACUAUGAAAUUAUUCACCCUCUAAUUCUAACGUUUUUAAAGCUCAUUGGUAAUAUUGUGCCCCCAAGUUGAGUGGAUGUUGGAGAUCGGCCAUUGGCAGUCUUUAUGUACUUCCUUAAAUUGAUCCUUUACUGUUAAAUAAGUUGUAUGUAUCCUUGUUAAGGCAUAAACCAAGAAAGCAAGCGGUUAAAGGAAAUCCGAUCGAGUCCAAGCGAGAGAUGAAAAUUAAGGAUAACUAAAAAUUGUUAUAUAGCUUUAAUGAUUGCAUUGGUAAACAAAUCAUGUUACAAACAAUGGUAAAAAAAUUAUGUGUGCUUGUAAUUGUACAUUUUUUACGUUCUUAUUUUGUGAAAUUUAUUGUACGCGCGUGUUGCAGAAACCAAAUACAAUUAUAAAUGGCUUUUGGCUAUCGAUUUUUAAAAACAUUUGUACGAUCUUUUCAAGUUGACAGUUGAUUUGUUUGUGCAUUCGCUUUUGGUCCGCCUUCAAGACACAAUGCAUUCACGAGUUUGCUGUUGAACAUUUUUAUAGCGACUAGUUUAAAAUUUACAAAAACCUUUGAACACAUAUACAAAGAACAAGAUUACAAGAGCAAAACGAAAACGAAAACAAGAACUAAAACAAAAAAGAUGGUAUACAUUUAGGCUAGAAUACGUAACGAAUUGUAUAAGCGUAACUUAAAGAUAACAAAAUAUACAUAUACAUAACAGAGAA